AUGUCUCGUAGUUCAGAGAGCCGGGACAAUGUGGCUCUACUCUUCAGGGACAAUUUCACAAUAACGACAUGGCUGGCGAUCGGGGCUCUACUGCAGUCCAUUGUAUUCUUAGCAGUCGGUCGCACAGCGUUCGUACCGGCUGCCUUCGUACUGCUUUGUCGCGUAGCGGACGCAUAUGCCGUAAAGACUGGUCUGAAGCACAACCACUACCUCGACGGCGUCAUCCAAGAACACUAUUCUGCGCAGUUGCCUGGAGAGACGGACGGUGAUAUGGAGACACCAGCAGACUCGGAUAUCUGCGUGUUCAUCAUUGGAUCGAAAGUCAACCACCCUUUUGGACUGCUUGCACCAGGCUACAAAGAGUUGGGCCAACAGUUUACGAGUAUGGUCCAAGAGAUCAAAGAUGAGGCCGAGCGACACGGAUUCUUAGGCUCACGAAGCCUCGUUGGCGCCGAGUCAGCGACAAACAACGAGACAGUAACGAUCAUGUACUUCAAAUCAUCCGAGUCUGUCCAGGCAUACGCGACAUGGCCACUUCAUCGCAAGUCAUUGACCUGGUGGGCCAAGCAUGCGGCUCAGUACCCACAUGUGGGCAUCUUCCACGAGCUCUAUCAAGUCCGGAAGAAGAACUAUGAGACGGUGUACGCGCAUGUGAAGCCAAUGCUGGCAGGAGCUACUCAACACAAGGUGGAGUCGAUGCUCCCAGAUAAGACAGGAGAAGAGACCAUUUGGAGAACUUCGUUGGUGUACUCAAAGGGCGUGCUCAGAACAAGUCUUGGGCGCAUGGGUAGACUGCCUGGUAGUUUCGACAGGAGCAAGCUGGAAGUGAAUGAUGACGAAAAGGUAGAAGUUUUGACGGUAUGA